AUGAUUGGAAUGAAAUUUAUCUUAUUGUGCCAUUUGAGCAUCAUUAUUUCUGUAUAUGCACCGCCUGUACUUGACGGUCCAUCAAAAAAGCGACUAGAUGAUUAUCCAGUUAACAAUGAUAAACCAUCGAAAGAUGUAUUAGAUGAUCUGGAAUAUGCACGUUACUUGAAAGAAGUAGUUGAAAUACUAGAAAAUGAUCCAAACUUUAAAAGUAUAAUUGAAAAAGCAUCACCUGACGAUAUCAAAUCUGGAAAUAUCGCUCGGCAUUUAAGUCUAGUAGAACAUAAUGUUCGAACAGCAUUGGAUGAAGCAAAACAACGCGAACUUGCUAGAUUACGAAAACUUGUUAGUGAGAAAGUUCGUCUUUUGAAUGAUAUACAUCGUCAAGGAGGACUUCGAGGUAUGUCAGCGAUUGUAACAUUGUGGCGUAUUUUGUCGUAUGUUGAGGUUUGUUAUAAUGUGCUAUUAAUAAUUGAUGUGUCAGAGCAUAACUAUGGUAUAAUGUGUUAG